AUGGGAGUUGUUAGGGAAGAUGGAUGCAAUUUUUAUGGCACGCCCAAACCCGAGUCAACAGCAUCGCCGUCGACCUCAACAAUAUCAGCCAACUAUGUAAUUCCGUGGGCCGGCCUGCCCGAGCAGUUGUAUUCAUUUGUCAACAAAACCAAUGCUUCUUCAACUUCGACUUCAACGACGGCAACAGUUUCAACAGCAACAACAACGUCGUCGUCGUCAUCAGCAUCGAGUACUAACGUGAGCAUCAACAUUAAGCAUCCAUCAUUCCCAAUCAACACUUCUACCACUUCCAAACUCUUCUCAUCCGCAAACAGCAACAACAACAAUUUCAAAACGUGCAUCAAAAAUAACAUCAACAACAAUAACAACAAAACAAGUGUUAAAAACGACAGCGUCAACAACAGCAACGCCAUUAAAAGUGUUGAAUCGAGAAAUUUCAAAGUUGAUGUAAGCAGAGGAUCGUCAGUUGCACAGGCAUCCAACAGUUCAACACCGUCAUCUACCACGUCCUCCUCUCCCUACUCAUCCACAUCUCUCAACACUGUCAUACACUAUGACAACUACAGGGAAGGCUGUGGUUUAGAGAUUGACGGCUGA